AUGCGGGUGUUGACAAGUGGACGGAGUGGCCAGCGCGUGCGAGCGUGUGUUGUCGUGUUGGCGGUAGGCGACGGGAUUCGGACGCCGGAACACGGGGCGGUUGCGGAAGAGCGGGCGGGCGAAGAGCGGGUCGAUGCCAGAAUCGAAGACGAGCGGGUCGAAGCGGGGCGAGUCGCCGGAGUGCAAGCCGCUGGAGCGGGGGCAAUGGGAGAACGGCUGGGUCCAGGCGGGAGUACUCCGCACCGGAUUUGGCAUUUGUUAGGACCGAAUGCGGUGGAGCGGGCGCAGAAGCAGGCGUUGGUUUUGGAACGUUGCUCGGGACCGUGGUUAGAGUUGGCGGCGGUGACAGAUGGCUUCGGGCGCUGGCCACUGGGACGCCUCUCAGAGGCGGAGGAGUCGCGAUUACGACGGCUGUUGUGGGUGGCUGACGACCCGGAGCGGAGACUAGCCGUUUUCGCCACAGGUUGUCAGUUGUCGAGUUUCUCGAACUGGCGCAAGGCGCUAGUGGUCUUCUGUGUCUCCACUCUCCUUUAUUGCCCGCCGGCGAACAGUUUUGAGGCCUUUUGCGACGCGACAAAUGCCGCGGACGUGGAGCACACACGUGUGCGAGGGCCCGACAGCCAGCGGAUGGAGGGGCUUGUGAGGAGUUUGGCUGCGCUGGACACGCUGACCGCUGCGGCCUACGCGCGGCGUACGAACCUGCGGCCGGUGGGCGGUUUCUUUACCGAGUUUGCCUCGUUUUAUAACGUGUUCGAGGGAUCCGAGGAGAUGGCGUCGGAGGCGCUGCGCACUUUGUUUACCGAGGAUGAGCGUUCGAAACUCCGGAAUGUCAAUCCGGCCCACCUGGAACUAUGCGACCGCCGCUACAUUGAAUUAGGCGCCGUAAUAAGUCUGUUCUUUAACCAGCCCUUCGGCACCCUGUCCGACCGGCUGCAGGCCACUUUAGACAGCGAAGUGCGCAGCCUGGCCCACCCCUGGGGCGGCAGGGCUGCGGGGGUAAUUGACGGCCGCCGCUACCCACUCGAACACUUUGCCGACCUUUGGGUCACUGGCUGUCUCCUCCAACGCUCCGGUAUCGACUUGGAAAAACUCAAGACCUUCGUAGAACUGGCAUUGCCUUACCGAUUUCGCGCUCGCCAAGGCCCCCUCUACGCACGCACUACUAGAGUACGCCCUCGAGUCUACAACCAAGCCCGGACGACUAUGAUUUCCAUCAACGAAUACCUUUCCCAAGAUCACUUCCAAGCCCCCCCCCUCAGUCUCAGGACCUUCAUGGAACACAUCCGCGACGGAGUUAGAAGCCUCACCGGGGUGAAGACGUUUGUUGGAGUUAAAACGCCCGCUAAGGUUAGAAGAGUCAAGACGACCACCGAAGGUAAGAAAGAAGUUGGACACAACCAACCGUCCACGCUAGUAGCGCCCGAAGAGCUGACGGCCCAGAAGCUAACGGCGACGGCGCAGUUUAUGGGAAUGGAGACUGAGUCCAUGGAGCCGGAUGAUGAGCUGCUCGAAAAAGUGCCCGAGUCAGGAUGUGGUUCAUCCAAGGGUACCGAGGCGGAGGUGGAGUCUGGUGACGCGGAGAUGGAGUCUGGUGACGCGGAGAUGGAGUCUGGUGACGCGGAGAUGGAGUGUAAUGAGCCGAUGUCAGUAGUGGCGCGGUACCUCGCUGCUAGGGGUCCGGGGGACGACUGGAUGGCCAACUUGCCUCGAGAACGCGAGGAGUUGGUGACGGUGCUAGAUUGGUUGUGUGUGAGUCCGGAGAGAGGGUUGAAUGUGGCGCACCGGGAGGUGCUCUAUGUGUUGGGAUGGUUGUUGCGUGUGCCCGCAGGUUGGAUGGUUUCAGAUGAUAAGUUGACGGCGUGUUUGAACACGCUUUGUACGCAGUCUAACCCAACUCAGAGCCUUCUCUUCCACGACCCGAAGAGCGAAGUGAGAACGCCGCGGACACCUGGCCGUGCUGUCAGACGCCAGCUGCAAGUCGCUGCUAAGUUGUUUGCCGACCUCGGCGUCGAACCCGUCCAACUUCUUGCCUUCGCUCUGGCCAGCUGGAACUGGUCUGAUUUGUUACGGGCCUUCCCUGCCGGGCUCCUCCCUGCAGACCCCCACCCGGACUCACUGCUCCACGCACUCCGCACCACUCGCCUCUUGCCCUCUUGUUGA